AUUACUCCAGGACUCCUCGGGCUCCGGAGACGCCAUUUUCCCCCUUGAUAUCUCUCUCCAUAAAUCGGUGGCGCGGCGGAGGCGGCCGAGUCGGGCGGGAAGCGCGGGGCCGGCCGGGGCGCCCGCCGCUCGCCGCCGCCUCCGCGCGCCUGGGGGCCCCGGCGCCCCCAGCGCUGGCGCGGCCAGCUCGCGGCUCGCGGUUUGACAGAUGCUCAUCGUCAUGGAGUUGCCGCAGCAGCACCUUUGGGGGCUCCGGCGAACGACCGGAGCCGGAAUCUGAGCAAGCGCCCGGGCCAGCGGAGCCGUAGCCGCCGGGACAUGGUUGCAGAUCUGAUCUCUUCUGAACACAUCAUCGUGUCUCCAUCCCUGGGACUCUGAAUCCAGCCAGACCACUUUGUUGUUGGAAUUUUGGUUGUCAUCUCUUUUUACCUUUCCCUUUUCCCUUCCCCCCACCCCCUUCCUGGGAACUCCUGAGGACUGUAGGAUUGUCAUGGAGUCCAGGGAAAUCUUAAGCAGCUCCCGGCAAAGAGGGGGCGAGUCAGAUUUCUUGCCUGUCUCCUCCGCCAAGCCCCCGGCUGCUCCUGGCUGUGCAGGAGAACCUUUGCUCCCUGCUUCAGUACCUGGGAAGGGGAUCCCCGUGGGCGGAGAACGCAUGGAGCCGGAGGAGGAAGAUGAACUGGGCUCAGGGCGGGAUGUGGAUUCCAACUCCAAUGCAGACAGUGAGAAAUGGGUGGCAGGAGAUGGCCUGGAAGAGCAGGAGUUUUCUAUCAAGGAGGCAAACUUCACAGAGGGAAGUCUGAAGCUGAAGAUUCAGACCACAAAGCGGGCUAAGAAACCCCCGAAGAAUCUGGAGAACUAUAUAUGCCCACCUGAGAUCAAGAUCACGAUUAAGCAGUCUGGGGACCAGAAAGUGUCCCGUGCUGGGAAAAAUAGUAAAACUACGAAGGAGGAAGAACGAAGCCACUCCAAAAAGAAGCUCCUCACAGCCAGUGACCUUGCAGCCAGCGACCUCAAAGGAUUUCAGCCACAGGCUUAUGAGAGGCCCCAGAAGCACUCAACUCUCCAUUAUGACACAGGCCUCCCACAGGACUUCACCGGUGACACCUUAAAACCAAAGCACCAGCAAAAAAGCAGCAGCCAGAACCACAUGGACUGGUCCACCAACUCUGAAAGUGGACCCACCGCUCAGAAUUGCUUCAUCAGUCCAGAGUCUGGCAGAGAAACUGCAAGCACCAGCAAGAUCCCAGCUCUUGAGCCCGUGGCUUCCUUUACAAAGUCCCAGGGUAAGAAAGGCAGUGCAGGGAGCACAUGGAGUCAGUUGUCCAACAACAGCAAAGAUCUGCUCUUGGGGGGUGUGGCUCCAUCCCCAAGCAGCCACACUCCACCAGCCCCACCCAGCAGCUCUGCUGAAUGCAAUGGGCUUCCACCCUUGGUAGAUCAAGAUGGAGGAGGUACAAAGGAGCCCCCAGAACCACCUGCUAUGAGCAGCAAGAAAAAGUCCAGUAAAAAAGAUGUGAUAAGUCAGACCAUCCCAAACCCAGACCUGGAUUGGGUCAAGAAUGCCCAGAAAGCAUUUGACAACACAGACGGGAAAAGGGAAGCCUACUCUGCAGACAGUGCUCAAGGAGCAUCACCAGCCAGGCAGAACGUGAGUUCCGUUAGUAAUCCAGAAAGCGACCCAAGUCAUGUCCGGAUUACUAUCCCCAUCAAGGCACCCUCUCUAGAUCCAACUAGUCAUAAGAGAAAAAAGAGACAGUCCAUUAAAGCAGCAGUGGAAAAGAUUAUCCCAGAGAAAGCCCUGACUUCCGGAAUUGCUAUGAGCAGUGAAGUAGUUAACAGGAUACUUUCCAACUCUGAAGGAAAUAAGAAGGAUCCCCGUGUCCCUAAGUUGGGUAAGAUGAUAGAGAAUGAGUCCUCUUUGGCUGGUCUUGAAACUGGUGGAAAUAUCGAGAAAGUUGUCCCAGGAAGUGUCCCCAAGCCACAUAAGCCACCGAUGGUCAUGACACCUCCAACAUGCACAGAUCACUCUCCAUCGAGAAAGCUGCCGGAAAUCCAGCAUCCGAAAUUUGCUGCAAAGCGGAGGUGGACGUGCAGUAAACCAAAACCCACCAGUAUGCUUCGAGAGGCAGUCAUGGCCACUUCUGAUAAACUGAUGGUGGAACCCCCGUCUGCGUACCCCAUCACCCCAUCUAGCCCUUUGUACACAAACACAGACAGUCUUACUGUGAUCACGCCAGUCAAAAAGAAGCGGGGACGACCAAAGAAGCAGCCUUUGCUCACAGUGGAGACGAUUCACGAGGGCACCUCCACCAGCCCUGUCAGUCCCAUCAGCCGAGAAUUUCCUGGCACUAAGAAAAGAAAGAGACGACGCAAUUUAGCGAAGUUGGCCCAGCUAGUGCCAGGAGAGGACAAAGCCAUGAGCGAGAUGAAGUUUCACAAAAAAGUUGGAAAACUCGGGGUGUUAGAUAAGAAGACCAUCAAAACUAUCAAUAAGAUGAAGACGCUCAAGAGGAAAAAUAUCUUGAACCAGAUUUUGUCUUGCUCCAGCAGCGUUUCUCUGAAGGCUAAAGCUCCUCCGGAGACCAGCCCCGGGGCAGCAGCCAUUGAAAGCAAACUGGGCAAGCAGAUUAACGUCAGCAAGAGGGGAACCAUCUACAUCGGCAAGAAGAGGGGCAGGAAGCCAAGAACAGAGCUGCCACCCGCAUCCGAAGAACCCAAAACAGCCAUCAAGCACCCAAGGCCUGUUUCUAGCCAGCCGGACGUUCCAGCCGUGCCUUCCAACUUUCAGUCACUCGUGGCAUCUUCACCAGCAGCUAUGCACCCCCUUUCAACACAGUUAGGUGGGUCACAUGGCAACCUGAGCCCUGCCAGUACCGAAACCAAUUUUUCAGAAUUGAAAACUAUGCCAAAUCUCCAGCCCAUCAGUGCUCUUCCAACCAAAACCCAAAAGGGAAUUCACAGCGGGACCUGGAAGCUGUCUCCACCCCGGCUGAUGGCCAACUCCCCUUCUCACCUCUGCGAGAUUGGCUCCCUGAAAGAAAUAACGCUGUCCCCCGUGAGCGAGUCCCACAGCGAGGAGACGAUCCCCAGUGACAGUGGCAUCGGGACAGACAACAACAGCACGUCUGACCAAGCAGAGAAGAGUUCGGAAUCACGACGGAGGUACUCUUUUGAUUUCUGCUCCUUGGAUAACCCGGAGGCCAUUGCAUCCGACACCAGCACAAAGAACCGGCAUGGCCACCGGCAGAAGCAUCUCAUCGUGGAUAACUUUCUGGCCCAUGAAAGCCUCAAGAAGCCAAAGCACAAGAGGAAACGGAAAAGCCUGCAAAACCGUGAUGACCUCCAGUUUCUGGCAGACCUGGAGGAACUCAUCACCAAGUUCCAGGUGUUCAGGAUCUCCCACCGGAGUUACACCUUUUACCAUGAGAACCCCUAUCCCAGCAUUUUUCGGAUUAAUUUUGAUCACUAUUACCCGGUGCCAUAUAUCCAAUAUGACCCGUUGCUCUAUCUUCGUAGGACUUCAGACUUGAAGUCAAAGAAGAAGCGUGGUAGGCCUGCAAAAACCAAUGACACCAUGACAAAGGUGCCUUUUUUACAAGGGUUCAGCUACCCUAUUCCCAGUGGAAGUUACUAUGCACCCUAUGGAAUGCCUUACACAUCAAUGCCUAUGAUGAACCUUGGUUACUAUGGUCAGUACCCAGCUCCUUUGUAUCUAUCACACACACUCGGAGCAGCCUCCCCGUUCAUGAGGCCAACGGUGCCACCACCUCAGUUUCACACGAGCUCCCAUGUCAAGAUGUCUGGUGCAGCUAAGCAUAAAGCAAAGCAUGGUGUACACCUGCAGGGACCCGUUGGUAUGGGUCUUGGUGACAUGCAGCCGUCCCUGAACCCUCCCAAGGUAGGCGGUGCCAGUCUGUCCAGCGGUCGGCUCCACAAGAGGAAACACAAACACAAGCACAAGCACAAGGAAGACCGGAUCCUAGGGACCCAUGACAACCUGAGCGGUCUCUUUGCAGGCAAAGCCACAGGCUUCUCCAGCCACAUCCUGAGUGAGCGGCUGAGUAGUGCAGACAAAGAGCUCCCACUGGUGAGUGAGAAGAACAAGCAUAAGGAGAAACAGAAGCACCAACACAGCGAAGCUGGUCACAAAGCUUCUAAGAGCAACUUCGAGGUGGACACCCUGUCGACGCUGUCACUUUCUGAUGCUCAGCAUUGGACACCAGCCAAGGACAAAGGUGACUUGAGCAGUGAGCCUGUGGACUCGUGCACCAAAAGGUACUCUGGCAGUGGUGGGGAUGGUGGCAGCACAAGAUCAGAGAACCUGGACAUAUUUGGUGAACUGACCCCUUCGAGUGACAAGUGGGACAGUGACAUGAGUGGAAGUAAAAGGAGGAGCUAUGAAGGUUUUGGGACAUACAGAGAAAAGGACAUCCAAGCCUUCAAGAUGAGCCGCAAGGAUAGAGGUUCUUAUGACCCCGCCGUGUCUCCAGGAAUGCCAAGUCCCCACUUAAAAGUGGACCAGACAGCAGCACACAGUAAGCACGAGGGCUCAGUGUCCGCCAUGAUGACCAGGAAGAAGCCGGCUGCAGUUGACAGCGUUGCAAUCCCACCAGCCCCCGUGUUAUCUCUCCUUGCUGCGUCUGCAGCAACAUCUGAUGCAGCCAGCUCCUCCCUGAAGAAGCGAUUCAAGCGGCGCGAGAUCGAAGCCAUCCAGUGCGAGGUGCGGAAGAUGUGCAACUACACCAAGAUCCUGUCCACCAAGAAGAACCUGGACCACGUGAACAAGAUUCUGAAGGCCAAGCGGCUGCAGAGACAAUCAAAGACCGGCAACAACUUCGUCAAAAAGAGGCGCGGACGGCCCCGGAAGCAGCCCACCGCGUUCGAUGAGGACUCCAGAGACCAAAUGCCGGUACUGGAAAAAUGCAUCGACCUGCCCAGCAAAAGGGGCCAGAAGCCCAGCCUGAGCCCGCUUGUGCUGGAGCCCACCGCCAGCCAAGACAGCGUCAUGGCCACCAUCGAAGCGGUCAUCCAUAUGGCCCGGGAGGCGCCGCCGCUGCCCCCGCCGCCGCCGCCCCUCCCCCCGCCGCCGCCGCCGCCGCCGCCGCCGCCGCUGCCCAAGGCCCCCAGAGGCGGAAAGAGGAAACACAGGCCCCAGCCUCCCGCCCAGCCCCCGCAGCAGCCGCUCCCCCAGGAGGAGGAGGUGAAAGCCAAAAGGCAGCGGAAAUCCCGAGGGAGCGAGAGCGAGGGGCUUCCCUAGGGCGGGUCUGGGCUGUGCACCUGGGGCUGGGGGAACUGACACCAUGGACGUGCCGGGAGCCGGGCGGGGCGGAACCCCCGCUGCAGGGACAUCGACGCCCUUCUCUCCAGAAGUGGGCAGGCAGGUCGGGCCAGAAGUCGGGGUGGAGACAUCAGGAGCUCUUGGGAAAGUAAAGCAGAGGGGCGCCUUCUGAAAGCAGUUGUCUGCGCUUUACGGCGGUUCCCAGCCUAGUGGGUCUAGAUCCUUUACACGAGAGCCAGCAGCCCCGGCCAGGAGGGGAACGCCCGUGGUGCUCUCUGCAGGCCACCCGACCGCCCACAGCCAAGGUGCGCCCUCCUUUCCAAUUCACUUGCUGGCCAGGAAAAUCGAAAGGGAAACACUGUCAAUUAGGAAACAUUCCGAGGGGAGAAAAGUUGCAAAUUGCUCAACUGGCAUUGCUAUAACCCAUUUCUACUUAAUUGGUUUUUAUUUAUUUCGGUUUUCAAGCUCUGUUAGGCUUUGGGAUACCAACAUGAUUUUCAGGUGACCUGAAUCUUUCCCUUCACAGUUCAGUUUCUCAGAGGGAAUUGUGUGAUCAGAAGGUGGAAUUCUAGUGAUAGGCGACCUUACACUUGAGUUCAUGUUCUCCUGUAUGCUUCCCUAUCUCACAUCCGCUGAUUUUAGCAUCGUCUAUUCCUACUUUUCCUUUACCCAUUGUACUUCCAUACACCUUUUCAUUAAAGUUCUUACUGCCUUCUUUUUCAUGGUACACAUCUAAAUAAUGUAACCCUUACCUGUGCUAUAAAGUUCACCUUUGGCAUGCUGUCCCAAGAACCUGGCUUUGAAUCCCAAUCAUUGUAUCUUAGAUAAAACAGGUACUCAGUAUUAAUAGAGCCUUUUUAAUAAGUAACUCAGAGCAGCCAAGAAUUUGUUGACACAGGUGUCAACCACGUUAUUUUUAUACUUAAAACAUAUCAGCAUAGCAUAAGGAAAAUAAAAUGGUUUUAAUAUCCCACAGUAAACGAAAUAACUGACAAAUCGCCAAAAACUGAAACUCCAGAUCCACCAGAAAGACAAGUGUCUAGCAAUGCCUUGGUACCUAAUCUUUUUCAUACAAAUAGUUGUCAGAAGUUAGUGAAAAAGGGAAACAAAAAGACAAUACAAGAAGUCCAUUAUCUCUUGAUAAUUAUUUCUUAAAAGCAAAUGGGAGUAAGUGUUCUUAUCUGAAAAAAAAAAGAAAGAAAAUUCUCAAAGGGUAUCACCACUCCAAUUAUAUCAAGCCACUUUGGACAAGUAUCCAAAUUGUGGUUGCCUUAAUAAACUAAAACAUUUUUGUACAUAAUGUAAUUAUAAAUCUAUCAGUCUGCAUGGAUGCAAACUGUGUGUGACAAAUCGUCUUUUAAUGGUCAAUUUCCACUGUACAUUCCUCAUCCAAGUUGUACUCUAGCCAUUGGUUUAGCGUGGACAGAUAUUCCAUCUCUAUUAUCCUUCUCCACAGCCCAAGUAAAAUAUGUUAAGAAGACUCAAAAUGAAUAUGAAGAUACUCCAUUUUCAUAGAUGUUUUCUAAAAGUCAGAUGUGGAAAUUUCAAAUAAGUAUUUUCAAUUUCCUCCCUCACUCCUCCCUUUCCUUUGCCCAAGACAUCAAACACCUGGCAUGGUAGAUUCUAGAAAGCAAAACACUGACGGAGAGAAAUAAAUUUUCUGAUGGGAAUUAGAAUAUCUGGUUUACCUCCAAAUUAAGGCAAGUUUACAGGAAGUUGGGACCAGCUGGAAAUUGUAUUAUCUGUUCAGAACACAAUAUUAUUUCUUGAGAGAGAGAUGGAUUUUUGUUGACAACAUAAGAGAAUAAGUGAUAGGGUGUCUAUGGGAGUAAAUUUUAAAAUACCAAGUGAAUAUGUUUGCAAACAUCACUGCUUCGUCAUGGCACCAACAGUUGGUUGAAAUUACCCAAAUAGUCAUUCUAUUCUGCGCUGUCAUCAUGGAGUGGUCACUAGCUCAGUUGCAUUUAAUCCUGCAUUCCCCUGUACUUUAAAGCUUAUAUUCUAGAUACUCAGUUUGUGACCUGGUUUGACCUUUGACAUUUCACACAAGUUGAACAGCAAAAUCAAAGCAGCCAUUUCUAAUUUAUCAUUCUCAAGCCAUGUCUGAGCAGUUCCAAAGUCACCUGAAAGGAAGGUUUAAAUUAGCCCCUCUCACCCCGUAAUUGCUGUGAAACAGCAACCAUUUUCUUUCCAAUUAAGUCAUAUAGAAGUUUCUCUUCUUCUGAGAUUUUGAAAUCAUUUCCUUCUUUGUUUCUUUCUCACUUCUUUCUUGCUGUGUUAUACCAUCGCCCCAACCAAGUCUAUAAAUAGGAUAAAUCUUCUUGCAGAAGUGGAAGAGCUCGUACUAGGUAAACUUCUUAAAAGAGGACCCAAGGUUUAAUUGGUAUAAAUAUCUAGUAGGUGAGAAAUUCUAAAUAACUUUGGGAUAUGUUAGAAUUUCCAAAGAAAUGAAAGAUAUUCAAGGAGAAUUAGUGGCAGGGUUGCAAUUUAUCCAUAAAUUCUGCUCUGCAGUUGCCAUAUGGAUUAACUAAGAAUCCUCUACAUAAACAACCCUAGGAAUAAAAUGGAAAACUGCAGAGGAACAAAGCUGAGGCGUGCUAAACAGCUGCUGGGAAGUAGGAGCAAGUCAGGUUCCCUACACAGCUUUUUAUGCCCACCACCCAGCUCUUCCCUCAGUAUGACAUUACGGUGUUUUUUCUUCUACUAUUCAUUAACCUAACUCAUCUCAUCAGUACAACUAUUUCUUUAUUCUCUAAGUACCCAAUUGAUAACUUCUCCUUUCCUGUCCAGGCUCAAAAGUGGGCCAGUGUAAUUUCACAUCUAGUUGGUUACAGAGCCAGAAAACCCAGCUCCCGGACCCAGAUUACAGAGAUCUCUAGCCUCUCUAGCCUGGCUUCCCACCCCCAAGAGAUCAUUUGAAAUGCCCAAAAUUCCAUAUACAGCUCCACAAAAUAUUUUAUACUGAGAGAAACCCCUUCAUUUUUAUUUAUUUUUCUUUUUUUUUCUUUUUCUGGAAUACUUUCUUUAGCAAGCAGAUGUGGACCCAUUUAUAAGGAGUCUGAUGAAUGAUGAGAUGGGAUGAAAUCGAGAUAUAAAAGCCUCCUUGAAGGUGAUGAUGGAUCUUUUGUCUACCUUACUAAGUCUCUGGGGGAGCCAUUGCUUUUCACGCCCUCAAAAUUGGAGUAACAGAGUUUUAACUUCCUCAGAUAGCCUGGCUCUAGCUUACACCUAAAAGAAGAAAGGUUAAAGAAAAGAAAAGCAGGUCAGGGGCUGGUUUGUGACUUGGCAGGACCAAGCUCCAGCAUCCCCUGACAGCCCAGAGAAGGUGACUAAGAGCUGGCAGAAGAUUAGCGUGUUAAUUUGGCUGCUGGAUGGAGGGAGAGCCCAUGUUCAAUGGCAGUCAGAAUUUGUGUUCUGCACAUUGCAGGGUCUAUCAAUAUGAUAAGCAAGUGGUGACAGACUUAUAGUAUGAGGUGAUGUACUACAUGCAGAUCAUAAAGGAUUUGGUUUUAAGACUUAAGUAGAAAAUCCCACUCCUAGCUUAUUACUCAAAAAUAUUCAAAUAAUGAGCUUUUGGAGAAUAUUUUUCCCUAUCACUAGAAAGAUUUACCUGGGAACUGUCUAAAGUCUAUACAUAUAUAUUCCAAAGCCUUUAAAUACCAACUGUAGCAUGGAGAGAGAGGGGUGGCAGAAGCUGAAAUGCCUCAAAAGCCAUUUAAGUGUUACGUUGCAGGAUUUCAGUCCUCGUUAUGUAAAAGUAGAUAAAUAUAGACGUUAUUCACAACACUACCCUGGGGUAUCACAAUGGUCCAAAUGCCAGAGCUUAUAGAUAAUGUCAUCACAGUGCCUAGAAACUCAAACUGUAAUAUACCAUAGCAUUUUCUUGGUGUUUCUUAAAGUUUCUUUCCAUAAUACAAAGCUCCCUCUGCCUCUUGUUUCUUGGAGAGUUCACCCCAGUGAUGAGUCUUCCGUCCCUUUUGGACUCAGUCAUUUGGGAAACAGUCUUAGAAGCACAUAUCAACCAAGGAAGAAACUUCCUGGAUAUCUAUUGCCCACUUGCCCAGGUAUAAUAAACACUAAAGAGGGGAAAUUGAAAAGAGCUGCCCACUGUCAACAUGGAAGGGCAGUUCCACCCUAGGUUGGUGUCUUUCUUUUUCUUCCUUUUUAUAAAAAAAAAAAAAUCUAUUUCUUAAAUAAUAAUAAAUGCACAUGAUGUGUUAAAUAUGUACAUAUAUAUUUCAAAAGAAAAAAUGGGGCACAAGAUUGUCUUACAAGUCGUGCUGGCUAAUUUUUAGUUUGUAUUCAUAAGUGGUUUUUAAAAGCCUUUUUUAAAGUGUAAUUUGCAUGUUCUACUUUGAUUGUAUGUAAACAUAUUUUAGAACAAAAAAUGUAUUUGUAUUUUAUUGAAUAUAGAGGCAAGAAAAAUUGUACAUUGUUCGAAAUGUUCUUUUUGUAACAGUUUUUAUUCAUAAAGCAUUUUUGUACAUUUAAAAUGAACAUGGACUUGCUGUUAUUUGAGGCGUAGAUACAUCUGGCAUGCUGACUGUCAUGCUCCUCCAUGGUCUUAGAUGUUGGGUUUUAAACAUUUUUUUCUAAAAGAAAGCUCAGUCUUUUUCGCUACCAGAUCAGGUUAGCACAGUAUAGAGCACUUAACUAUUAAAAAAAAAAAAAAAAAAAAAAGUUAAUCCUAUUCAUAUGUUAUUCAUUGUGUGGAAUUAAAGACAUUCAAUUCAGUCUAA